GCAUGAUAAGAGAAAGAUAGGGUUGACCAAGCGUUGCUUGUCUAUUGUUAAAUGCACGAUAUCAAAUCGAUCAAGCUGUGAAACUAUACUUCCUUGAAGCUAUUCAAUUAGCCCCAUACAAAUUUACCAUCAAAAUGAUGCAUAUCACAAGAAAAUUUGAACAUCUCAAGAUUCAAUUACAAGCUAUAAAAUCAGCAACCAACAACUUUGUUGAUGACAAGUGUAUUGGAAAAGGAGGAUUUGGCAAAGUAUACAAGGGGGAGCUUCUUCAUUCGAAGGGACAAACAAUUGUUGCCUUAAAACGAUUAGAUCCUACAUUUGGACAAGGAAACCCAGAGUUUUGGAAGGAAAUCAUUAUGCUUUCUCUUUACAAGCACGAAAAUAUCGUUUCUCUGUUAGGGUUUUGUGACGAGAGUGACGAGAAGAUCCUGGUAUACGAGUAUGCAUCCAGGAAAAGUCUUGACUUGCAUCUCAACAACGAUGAUCUUACUUGGAUCGACCGGAUUAAGAUUUGCAUUGGAGCGGCUCGUGGACUAGCAUACCUUCACAAUCCUGGUGAGACCCAACAAAGAGUGUUACAUCGUGAUAUUAAGAGUUCCAACAUCCUACUGGAUGAGAAUUGGAAUGCCAAGAUCUCUGAUUUGGGUUUAUCCAAAUUUGGUCCUGCAAACCAACAAUACACAUUUAUUGUCUCUAACGCCGUAGGCACAGUUGGGUAUUGUGAUCCACUCUAUGUUGAAUCAGGAUUAUUAACAAAAGAGUCGGACGUUUAUUCCUUUGGAAUAGUUUUGUUUGAAGUAUUGUGUGGGAGGUUGUGUAUUACCCACCAAGCUGGUAUUCAUCAAUCUUUAGUCGGAUUGGUGCGUCAAUACUAUAAACAAAACAAAAUAAAUGAAAUUAUUUAUGAUACUAUAAAGGAUGAAAUGACUCCUAAGUCAUUGGAUGCGUUUACCAAAAUUGCUUAUCAAUGUUUGGAGAGAGAGUUGGAAGAACGCCCAUUAAUGACAGAAGUUGUCAGAAUACUUGAAAGUGUUCUUGAAUAUCAAACUGUUAAAUCCUUAAAGACAUUAACUAUGGAAACUAGAUCAGAAUAUCUCUUGCCAGAUACAACGCUGUCAAGUUUUGUUGUUAAUAGUAUAAACCCUACAAAUCCAGAAUUAGUAGCCGGGGUAGGGGUAGAGAAUACGAAGAAUGCAGAUCUAUUCGAGAUGUACUUCAAAAUAGCAGAUUCAAAUAAAGAUGGACGUAUUAAUGGUGUGGAAGCUGUUCCCUUUUUUCAAACCACUGGAUUACCUAAGGCUAUUCUCGCUAAAAUAUGGUCAUAUGUUGAUGUAAAUGGAAAUGGUUACCUUAACCGAUCAGAGUUCAACAAUUAUCUAAAACUUGUAACUGUUGCUCAAAGUAAGCGAGAACUUACUCCAGAUAUAGUGAAAGCAGCUCUAUAUGGACCCGCUUCACCUAAAAUUCCUGUUCCCCAGAUUGACCUAGAGGCCUUAGCUGUUCCUUGACAAAAC